AUGGAUAAAAAUGUACAAAGUUCGCAAGGUAUGUAUUAUUCGAACUUUCAGCUUCCAAUUUUUUCUUCAGGUGUUGUCGUCAAGUCUGUUGGAGUUGGUGAUCAAUGUUAUAUAGUAAUCUGGUGUGUAGAACAUAGUCUUUGCUAUGCAUAUCUUCCCGAUGUGGAUCCCGAGUACGCUUUCGAAGUGGAUAUCAGUAUCAUCGUUUUUUGAAAUGCAAUUUCUAUUAUAGGUCGCCCCGGCAGCUUGGGUCAAAUUCGAUGUUGUUUAUAGCGCAAUCCCAGGACCAGAUAACAUCAAGUUUGACUGAAAAAUUUAAUGGAAAUGAACAAGUUUUCAGGAAUCGCGCUUUCCAUGUGACUAUUCCUUCGCGUACCGAAACGAGAAACCCGGCGACCAAUGAGUUUCGAGGAGCCGUCAAUAUGCAUGAAUACGUGAAGGUCAAAUAUUUCGAAUACUCGAGAGAGACUCUAUUGGUAAGAGAGCUUUUUAAAUAAGAACGCAAUUUUUUUACAGUUCAAGACAACUUUGGCUAUAUCUCCGAACGCUUCUUAUGCAGAGGUUUUGAUAGAUUUCAACUCAUUUUGUAUUUUUUAAGGCAGGGCUAAGGCAAUAUUGCCCAGUCUGUGUCAGAAUCUUUUGUGUGUUUCAAGGGAUCUCAGUUAAAUAUUUCUGGCUUUUUGAAAUCAAAAACUUCACUUUCAAUCCAUCUCGACUUGCUGUAUUAUCUUUCUAGAAUGGUUAUAUCUCUUUUUGAUAGGAAGCUUUUUGAGAAUGAGCUCAGUCACUCUUUAGUUUGAAAUAAUAAGAUUCUAAAGAAACUUUCAAUACUUAGUUUCCGAGAAAGACGGCUUCAAAGUCUCGAAAUGAACCAAUGGACGAAAAUAAUUUCUUUAAUAUUCUUCUACCUCGAGGCGUCCUUCCUCGUAAAAUAGGAGUCUGUACUUAUUUGUUACAAGCUAUGCUAAGUAGGCAAUAGGGCGGUAGAUAUUGCUCCGAGACAAAACGAUUUUCUCGCAUCUUUUUCAUAAUCAACUUUCGAGUUGAAUAAUGAGUGAAAAAGUAAAUUGGCGUGUGCAAUUUCAUUGUCAAUGAAAGUUUCAAAACUUGUAAAAGCUGAUCAAAGAAUUAUUUUCAUUCUUUUCGAUCGUUAAAUAUUAGUUGAUAGCUCUCUUUCUGAAAGAACUUUCUGAUGAGUCCACAUUUUUUCGUUCAAAAACUUUUUUUUUUCUUUUUUUUUUCUUUGAAAUUGUUGAUAUAUCGGUUAUUUGAUCUGCGUAACUGACUAACGCUUUAACUGAAACACGAGGCGAUUUCAAAAGAUGAAAACUUGUUUAAAAUCAUAAAUAUGUAAAAGUUUUAUCUCAUUUUUUGGAUAGACUGGAUGAACGGUCCAAAGCCAUAGGUAGAACAAAAAAUUUAUAUUUAGGACCCUCAGAAGAAGCAGAAAAGGCUCCCCUAAAACACUCUAAAUUGAUGAGUAGAAGUUUUUGAGCUAUUUUUUCAUAGCAUCAAUGGGUCUGUUUCGACCCUUUGGAGUCUUUUUAGUUGCUUCAGCUGCGACAGUAACAAAAAUAAUCGUUAGUCAUUUUAAGGAGCCAUAUAUUGGUAGAGUUGUGAUCGAUAAUCUCGCGCGCUCGGAGUUGCUUCGAUAUGAUAUCGAUCAGUUUGACGUCAGUCAUAGAAAAUUUCUUCGAAUUUUUUUUGGUUUUGCAGGCAGUUGUGGAGCUGUUCUUCAAUAGAAUUGCUCCUUAUUGGAAAGUGGUUCAUUUCGUUCACAUGGGAAAGCAAUACAGCCUUAAUGGCUUUGUAAGCUCAGAAUUUGAAACUGGACCGAAGAUUUUCUUUCAGCUUUCCAAGCGUGGAAAGGUCCUUCGUGGGCCUGGCGGCCGUAUGUGUCCUCGUGAGCAAGUUGUGAUUCCACAGGACACUUUGCAGCUUGUCAAUCCUGGAAAUCCUGCCAAGCUUUACCCCAGGGCAAGUAUUUUUUAAAAUUAAAUAAAGCCUAAAAUCAUAAUUGAAAUCGACUCGCUUAGGGCCUUGAAUGA